GCUUUUGAGCUGUCUUAUUCAUUCAUUGAGAACAUUCCUUCCCUUAGGUAGCCCAGGCACCAUGCUGCGUGUAAGAUGUGUGAGAGGAGGAAGCAGGGGAGCUGAAGCUGUCCACUACAUAGGAUCCAUGCUGAGCAAGGGCUUCGUCGGAUGGGUGCAGCGAACUUUCCAGAGCACCCAGGCAGCUGCGGCUGCCCAGAAAGCCUGCACUGCUGACGAAACCGUCCCCCAAGACUCUCCUGUCUGCUCUUACAAUGAGUGGGACCCCCUGGAGGAAGUCAUUGUGGGGAGACCAGAAAAUGCAAGUGUUCCUCCAUUCACAGUGGAAGUCAAGGCCAACACAUAUGAAAAGUACUGGCCUUUCUAUCAGAAAUAUGGAGGAGCGAGCUUUCCUCACGAACACGUGAAGAAAGCUGUACAGGAAAUGGAGGAAAUGUGCAAUAUUUUACGACAUGAAGGCGUUAUUGUCCAAAGACCUGAAGUAAUUGAUUGGUCAGUUCAGUAUAAAACACCUGACUUCGAAUCUACAGGUCUGUAUGCUGCUAUGCCUAGAGACAUCCUGCUGGUUGUUGGUAACGAGAUCAUUGAAGCUCCUAUGGCAUGGAGGUCCCGAUUCUUUGAAUACAGGGCCUACCGUCCCUUAAUUAAGGAUUAUUUCCGUCGUGGGGCGAAAUGGACCACAGCACCUAAACCAACAAUGGCUGAUGAGCUCUAUGACCAGGAAUAUCCUAUUCGCACUGUUGAAGACCGACACAAGCUGGCUGCUCAAGGGAAAUUUGUUACUACAGAACAUGAGCCCUGUUUUGAUGCUGCUGACUUCAUGAGAGCCGGGAGAGACAUCUUUGCACAGAGAAGCCAGGUAACAAAUUACCUGGGGAUUGAAUGGAUGCGCAGACAUCUGGCUCCAGAGUACAAGGUGCAUGUUAUCUCAUUUAAGGACCCUAAUCCUAUGCAUAUUGAUGCCACUUUCAAUAUUAUUGGACCAGGCCUUGUACUUUCUAACCCAGAUCGUCCCUGCCAUCAGAUCGAAUUGUUCAAGAAAGCUGGCUGGACUGUUGUCACACCCCCCACUCCACUCAUCCCAGAUGCUCAUCCUCUGUGGAUGUCCUCAAAAUGGCUAUCAAUGAAUGUCCUAAUGUUGGAUGAAAAACGUGUAAUGGUGGAUGCCAAUGAAACUUCCAUUCAGAAGAUGUUUGAGAAGUUGGGUAUCUCCACUGUUAAAGUGAGUAUUCGCCAUGCGAAUUCCUUAGGAGGUGGUUUCCAUUGCUGGACCUGUGAUGUUCGUCGCCGUGGAACCCUGCAGUCCUAUUUCAGCUAAGAAGCUGGAAACUAGCAGUAAAAAAGCUUUUAAACAUCUCAAUAGAUAAACAAAGCAAAUAUCAAUACGUAGCUUUCUUAGCCUGCUUCCAAUUACAAGCCUAUCUGGUGUAGAAGGGUUUAAACCUA